AUGUUUCAGAAGAAGAGCAUCGGUUUGCUUUUAAAUAAAAAUGUGCUGUCGAAAUUGAAACAUAUAUCGGUGAGAAAUGUCCAAAUUUCUGUGAUUGGUGCCGUAGGAGAAGUAGGUGCAAAUUUGGCUCUUCUGCUAAAACAAAACCUCAAACUACAGAAGCUGAACUUAUACGAUGACGAUGAAAAAAAUAUAGGAGCUGCAAUGGAAUUGGGUCACCUACCUGGAGGACCGCAAGUGAGUGGGUUCACCGGCGUAAAUGGCUUGCAUGCUGCUGUUCGAGGUUCAGAACUAGUCGUGAUGGCUCAGCGAGUACCACGUAAGCCAGGUAAUAGUCGAGAACAAAUGAUUGCUGCGAAUGCUCCCGCUAUGCAAAGGCUUUGCAGGGCAAUCGCCGACGAAAAUCCUGGAGCAUUCCUUGCAAUCUCUACAAACCCACUGAAUUCAAUGGUUCCAUUUGCGAGUGCUCUCUUGUAUAAAUAUGGCGCAUAUAACCCUUUUAAGGUGUUUGGUGUGACGCACAUUGAUUCCGCCCGGGCCCGCAUUUACGCUGCACACGCUUUACAAGUAAGCUGUCGAAACUUAUUCCUCCCCGUAAUAGGAGGACAUUCAGAUGAUACAGUAAUACCACUUUUUUCAAAUAUCUGCCCAAGCGAAUAUACUAUAGAUCCAUGUCAAGCAGACACAUUAACGCGUCUUGUGAGAAAAUCAGGGACAGAAAUAGUAUUCCAAAAACAAGGUUGUGAAUCCGCGGUACUGGGUAUGGCGUGGUCCCUUAACGAGUUCUGCAAUUUAAUGAUAGAAGCUAUUUGUGGUGGUGAAGUUGUAGUAAAUUGUUAUACAGCCAAUCCUCACUUUGGAACAAGAUUUUUCUCUGGCCCUACUGUAAUAGGACCUUAUGGUAUCAUACGGGCAUGUUGUGAAUUUACUUACAGUGACUAUGAAUCUUUUCUGGUGACUGCUUCAGUUCCUGUUAUUAAUAGAGACGUGACUCUUGGAGAAGAGUAUGUUAGGUAUAUUGAGUUUGCAAUGAAGCCAAAAUAUUAACAUUUGUAGAUGUCUAUUUACAUAAAACAUAAAAAGAAAUAAAUAAAAAGUGCCAAUUAUUUAAGACCUUAAGACGGUCGUUUUUUAUUUAAGUAUUGAAAUGACAUGGAAAAACCGUAGGCUUUGAAAUAAAAUUAAAGAUAACUUUAGAUAACCUGUUGCACCUAGGUAUUAGGACUUUUACUUUAAUUACUAUUUGACGUACAUAUUGUGCGUACAAAACGGUUAGGUCUCGUGGUCCUCCUCAAGAGGUUAUUCGUGAGAUAUGAAUUGCCAUGUAACUAGGAACUUCUGUUAUGUAGGCAAUUUGGGGGUCCGUGUCUUUAUUAAAAGUUCUUCUACUGUUGAUAUACAAACGUCAAAUUAUAUCAAAUAUUUUUACUUUAACU